UAUCAAUGUGAACGUACAAUUUCAAUUUCAGUAACAGCGUCUGAUUUGGUUUGCCCUAAUUGUAAUGGUGAGUUUAUUGAAGAAGUCGAAAACCCUAACCCUAAUCCAAGCCCUUUCUUGUCAUUCUCUGAAACUACUCAUCCUCUUGGUGGUGGUGGCGCUGGUGGUGGGUUUCCUAACCCGUUUGCUGGUAUUCCGCUAUUCUCGUCUGCUUCUACAACUUCUUCAAUGGAGUUUCAAAACCCUAUGAAUCUAUUUACUAUGCUUGAACAACCUAUGGAUGCAAGGAUCCCAACUCAGAAUCAAACCCAGAAUCAAACUCAGAAUCAAAACCGAUCGUCUUCUCAAAGUGGUGGUGGGUCUAAUGAUCCAGAUGUUUUUAAUCCUCUUAUGUUUUUUCAGAAUUAUAUUAAUAGUAUGGCUGGUGGUGGUGCCAAUAUUCAGUUUGUGAUUGAGAAUAAUCCUAUGGAUGGUGAGCUUGGUGGUGGUGGUGAUGGAGGGUUUGGUCUGCCAUCGAAUUUAGGGGAUUAUUUCUUGGGUCCUGGGCUUGAACAAUUGAUUCAACAGUUAGCAGAAAACGAUCCCAAUAGGUAUGGAACACCACCUGCUGCCAAGACAGCAAUUGAGAAAUUACCAACUGUGAAUAUCACUGAGGAAAUACUAUCAUCUGAUUCUUCUCAGUGUGCUGUGUGUAAAGAUGAGUUUGAAUUAGGGUCUGUUACUAAACAGAUGCCCUGUAAGCAUAUCUAUCAUCCUGAUUGUAUCCUGCCUUGGCUGGAGUUGCAUAAUUCUUGCCCUGUUUGUCGAUAUGAAUUGCCAACUGAUGAUCCAGAUUAUGAGCAGCGAAGUCGAGAAACUGCAGAGAAUCCUUCACGGGGUGGAGGGACUGGUUCUGGUGAUGCAGUGCCUAAUACCCCU